AUGAAAUGCUCGUCAUCGGCCGUCUCGCACCUCGUUGGAACGUACCAAUUGUUGCCCAUAUCUGGUGAAAUGGCGAGGGCAACGAUGGCUUUUCUGCAGUUGAACAAUUGGGAGCAGGUCGGCAUGGUUCGACCCACCAACGGCUACGAUCGCUUGAGUCUGCACUCCUUGAAUAAUUUAAUCAAGAAAAAGGAUGCGCAGCUCCAAGUCAACAUACUCGUCGAAAUCGAUCCCUAUGCUUCAGCCGAUGAGAUUUUGGCGUCGGGAAAACUGAAGCAAUUGAAAGCAAAUGCUAGGAUCAUCCUCGUCGAGCUGGGCAUGGAUUUGCAUGCGAACACCAACUUCAUGCAAGCCGUGUAUCGAGCUGAGAUGAAAACCGAGGAAUACGUCUACAUUUUGCCUUGGUUAUCACAUAUAAACGAUCAUCACCCCUGGGAAGCAACCACCGUAGACAAACAAGAAGUAAAGGCUGCUUAUGAAAACACGAUGAUCAUCACCGCCCACGGCUAUGACGCAAAAUUCUUCGACGAUUUUCAAGAAAAAUUUAUCAAAACCACCGGAAUGCUGGCUACUCAUUAUGCCACCCUGGCCUACAUGACGUUAUACGAUGCUCUUUUCCUCUACGGCCUGGCGUUGAGGGAUGCGUUUGAAGAUACCGGGGACUACGAUGUGCACUUUAACGGCUCGUUUAUCUGGGAGAAGAUGACGAAUCGGCAAUUUAUGGGCGUCACUGGGCUGGUGUUGAUGAACAACAAAGCCAUCCGGGUCCCGUCGUAUGCAACCUAUCAUACCUCGAAUGGUACCUUACGGAUCGUCGUCGAGCUAGAGGCAAAACUCGGCGAGCGCGACAAGUGCAAUUCGAACUUGGAGUUGUGCUCGGAGCACGUAGCCCACGAAGUCGUUCAAUUCUACUGGAACAGCCACAACGGCCAACUUCCACAAUCCGUACCAUCAUGUGGCUUUACAGGAGCCGACUGUGACUACACCACCUACUUUGUGUUAAUGGGCGUCACCUUGUUCAUUCUGACGAUAUUUCCAUUAUCCUACUUUUUGUAUACCAAACAAAAAGAGCGCCUGUUAUACGAUAUGACUUGGCGAAUCCCAAGAGAUAGUGUACGACUGGUGGAUGCCUCGAAAAUGAAAUCCGAGCACUCGCUGGCCAGCAAGUCGCAAUCGUCUGGCUCAUUUUCCGGGAGUCUGACCUCCAAGCAAAAUGGGAUGGUCGGCGCGAAACAGGCCAUAUCGAAUGGUGUUCGACUAGCGAUUAAGCGCUUCACCCAAAUGCGGAAUAUCACAUUCCAGAAGGAGGAUUUACGGACCUUGAAGGAGCUGAAACUCAUCGAAAACGAGAACCUGAAUAAAUUUUACGGGAUCGCCUUCAACCAGCAGAAUGAAUUCGUCGUCAUGUGGAUUCUGUGCUCGAGGGGAAGUCUGGAGGACAUCCUCUUCAACGAUGAGCUCAAACUUGGUCGAAAUUUUCAAGUAUCCUUUGCCAAGGAUGUCGUCAAGAUUCUAUACAGAGUCGAGCCAUUUCACGAAAGGGGGAAAUCCAUAGCGAAGCUCAUGGAUCUCAUCGCCAUGUCUAACGAUGACGAUCAGCUGAUCAGGCCCAGCUUCCCCUCAACAGUUGGUAAAGACACCGAGUCCUACAACCUCCAACUGCUCUCUUGCAUUGAGGCAUGCUGGCUGGAGCUACCAGAAAUGAGGCCAAACAUAAAGAAAGUUCGAUCGUUGACGAAUUCGAAUUUGAAGAGCACGGGCAAAGGCUCACUCGUUGAUCAAAUGAUGAAGAUGAUGGAGGAGUACACGACGAAUCUCGAAUCGUUGGUCCGAGAUAGGACCGCUAUGUUAGAAGAAGCACAGAAGCAGGCGGAUCGAUUACUGAAUAACAUGCUGCCAAGAUCUGUUGCGGAAGAUCUCAAGGUUGGAAAACCUGUGCUUCCUCAACUCUACCCAUGCGCUACUGUCCUAUUUUCGGAUAUUCGCGGAUUUACAAGGAUAUCGUCGACUUCGACACCAUUGCAGGUCGUCACCUUCCUCAACGAUAUGUUCUCCGGGUUCGACUCCAUCAUCGCCAAGCAUGAUGCGUACAAAGUCGAAACCAUCGGUGACGCGUACAUGAUCGUAUCUGGAGUUCCAAAAGAAAAUGGAAAUUAUCACGUCCAAAACAUUGCUGACGUCGCGUUGAAGAUGCGGGCUUUUGUCUCCAACUUUAAAUUGGCGCAUCGGCCCGAGGAACUGAUGAUGGUAAGGAUCGGAUUCCACUCGGGAUCUGUAGCAGCUGGAGUGGUUGGAUUGGCGGCGCCGAGAUACUGUCUCUUUGGUGAUACCGUCAACACGGCUUCCAGGAUGGAAAGUACCGGCGUGGCAAAUAAAAUUCAGAUAUCCGAACAGGCCUACAACCUUCUCCACUGCUUCUUCCCCCAAUUUAACAUGUCCGAAAGGGGCAAAAUCGAAGUCAAGGGCAAAGGCGAAUGCUUGACAUUUUGGCUUGACAGCAGCAAAGCGCCUCCACAAUCUGCAAAG